GCAGGUAUUCAACCAUCGCAUCACAUCACAUUUACAAAUAAAACUCAAAAUCCACACACCACCUUGUCUAUAUAUUAUCAUAUUUAUUGUAAGCAUCACCACUAACUCUACUGCUACUUUCACCUUUCAUCAUCAUUCAAUUUCAGUCCAAUGGAGUGGUCUUUCUCCAUAUCCGUGGUGCUGUUUCUUACCCUUCUCAUUCAAAUACAUGGAAGUGGUUAUCUUGAUCACAAGCAAGCAAGAGGCUUUGCAGAGAAUUAUGGUUGUAAUUUGUUCCAAGGAAGCUGGGUUUAUGAUGAUUCAUACCCUCUUUAUGAAACCUCUCAAUGUCCCUUUAUAGAGAGGGAAUUUGAUUGUCAAAACAAUGGUAGACCAGAUAAGUUUUAUCUCAAGUAUAGAUGGCAGCCCGUAGGGUGUAACUUAACAAGAUUCAAUGGUGAAGAUUUCCUAACAAGACUUAGAGGGAAGAGUAUCAUGUUUGUGGGAGACUCUUUGGGUUUGAACCAAUGGCAAUCACUCACUUGCAUGCUUCACAUAGCUGUGCCACAAGCCCCAUACAGCUUAGCAAGGAAUGGAGAUGUCUCCAUUUUCACCUUUCCGACCUAUGAUGUUAAGGUAAUGUUGUCGCGCAAUGCAUUACUUGUGGACAUUGUUGGUGAGAGUAUCGGUCGAGUAUUGAAACUAGAUUCAAUUCAAGCUGGCCAAACGUGGAAAGGAAUAGAUGUAAUGAUAUUUGACUCUUGGCAUUGGUGGAUUCACACAGGAAGAAAACAACCAUGGGAUUUGAUUCAAGUAGGGAAUCGUACAUAUAGAGACAUGGAUCGCUUGGGUUCAUAUGAGAUUGCAUUGAAUACAUGGGCCAAAUGGGUUGAUUACAAUAUUGAUCCUACCCGAACAAGGGUGUUCUUCCAAGGAGUCUCUCCAGAUCAUCAAAAUCCAGCGCAAUGGGGUGAGCCAAGAGCAAACUUAUGUGAAGGGAAAACUAGGCCAAUAUUGGGAUUCAGGUACCCAGGAGGACCACUCCCAGCAGAGUUGGUAUUGGAGAAAGUGCUAAGAGCCAUGCAAAAGCCUGUGUAUUUGCUGGACAUUACUACCCUAUCCCAACUAAGGAUAGAUGGCCACCCGUCUGUUUAUGGCUCUGGAGGGCAUUUGGACCCGGAUUGUAGCCACUGGUGCCUAGCUGGUGUUCCUGAUACUUGGAAUGAGCUUCAGUAUGCUAGUCUCGUUAAAAAUUAAGCUCUUGUUCUUAUUUUUAGGAUUCAUUUAGCCCAACUUUAUUUUUACUUU